GAGAAAGGUCCCUCGGCGGCUGCCGUGGCUAAGGCGCCCCCCGCGCUAGAGCGAGACCUGGGGUUGCCGUGGAGACGGCAGCCUGGAGCGUCCCCGCCCGGCUUCCGUAGCGCGGGUGCAAGAGAUUGAGAGGGGGGCCUGGGGUUGCUGUGGAGACGCCGGCCUGGAAGUUCCCCGCGCGGCUUCCGUAGCGCGCGCGAAAGAGGCCUGGGGUUGCCAUGGAGGCGGGAGAGCGGCGCGGCGGGUUUUCUGCUUGAGUUCGGCCGAGGCGAGAGAAGCGAGUCGGGCCUGUCCGGAGUAAUUCGCCUACCUGCCAACCAGUCAUGGAGGACGAACUUUACCUGGAGAACAUCGACGAGUUCGUCACGGACCAGAACCGUGUGGUGACAUAUAAAUGGCUGAGCUAUACUCUAGGUGUUCAUGUCAACCAAGCAAAGCAGAUGUUGUAUGACUAUGUGGAAAAAAGGCGGAAGGAGAAUUCAGGAGCCCAGUUGCACGUCACCUAUUUAGUGGCAGGAAACCUCGUGCAGAAUGGACACACAUGCCACAAGGUUGCUGUAGUGAAAGAAGACAAGCUAGCAGCCAUGAAGCUAAAGCUGUCUACGAUUGCCAGCGUGCAUGUUUACAGCAUCCAGAAAGCCGUCCUCAAAGACAGCGGCCCUCUCUACAACACCGACUAUGAUAUCAUCAAAGCAAAUCUCCAGAACUGCAGCAAGUUUAGUGCUAUUCAUUGUGCUGCUGCAGUUGCCAGGACAGCAGCUGAAAUGUCUCGGAUCGACCCCCCUGCGCAGGCCGAAUCCCAGCCACCAGGGGGCACGAAUGCAGCUGCCGUGCCUGUGAUCAAUGGCCAUGCCCCAAGCACUUCUGCGAAGCAGACCUCCCAGCAGGCCAAGGGCAUCAUGGGAAUGUUUGCUGCAAAAUCUGCUGCCAGAUCCCAAGACACACACAAAGAAGCCAAAGUGGAGGCUAAAGAGACCCCAAGUGCCUCCACAGCAAGCAACAAGGCACCUGCUAAAGGAAACCUACUAAACAACUUCUUUGGAAAAGCUGCUUUGAGUAAGGAUUGCAAAAUCAGCAGUGAGGCUGAACAGCAAAAGGAAGAAAAAUCGGGAGCCAAGUCUCCAGUGGAAUCCAGGUCUCCCUCUGGCACAGCAGGACUUGAGAAACCUGGCAAGAAGGCCGAGCCUGUGAAAGUGCAGCAGAAAGACAAAAAAAGGUACAGAAAAAUAUUAAAGAGGGUGGAGAUAUCUGAUGAAGAGGAAGAAGAGGCUGAAAGACUGAAGAAAAAGAGGCGUCGAAUCAAACCGCCUCAAUCGGAUAGCAGCAAUGAGGAGGAUGUCCCGGAGUCGCCCCUAGCUCCUGAGGAAAAAGAUCUUUCUCCUGCUCCAGUGCCGAAGCCACCAAUGCCAGAGCCUGUUCCCAUGGAGGCUUCCGUGGGAGAGAAGAGACGGAAACGGAAGCGAGUGCUUAAGUCCAAAACAUUCGUGGAUGAAGAAGGCUGUAUGGUGACUGAAAAGGUUUACGAGAGCGAGUCUUGUACAGACAGCGAAGAAGAAUUCCGGUCCAAGCCCCCUGCAGCUCGCAGACCCCCUGCUGGGCCUGGGAAGAAGGACCCCAAAGAGGAGAGGAAAGGCACCAAGAAAGGGGCGGCCAGCAAAGCCCCCAAGCAAGCCUCCAUCAUGGGCUUUUUUCAAAAGAAGUGAGCUUCGGCCACCUCAUCGUUUGCAGAUGUUGCUUCAGAGCAAACCCACCACCUUUUUGAGGCCCGAUACUUACUGUGUAAGUGAGCUCUCCGGAGCCAGAAGACUGGACCUUUAUCGACAUGUGGGAAGUUUCAGUGCCAGGCUGCAGCAGGAGGCAGCUGCCAAGUUGCAACUGGAUGGCCUGCUAUCUUGCUGCCUGGUGGCCUUUUUAAACACACACUUUUUAAAAGGCUAGUCUUUGAGCUGCCCCUGGCGAAGACAAGCUGCCUACAUAGAUUGUCUGCUCCUCCUGUUUCAGACGAAUCAAAUGCAAUUAAACCUGGCCACCAGCUCUCUCUUCCCCCUCCCCCCUUGGAAUUGCUGUCCUCACAGUGGUGGAUUUGGAGAGCCUGAUGGAGGGUUGGAGAACACUCUGUGGCCAAGCUGUGGUUGGGUGCGGGAGACUGAUCGAUCUGCAAAGUAGGACUUCGUGAACCCAAAGGGGGGUCUGUGUGCUGGGGCCGGGUGUUCCGAAAGAGAUCCUGGCUGCUGCAACAAAAUGCUUCCCUGAAGGCCCACCUGAGAUCAGGCUACAAACACUUCUUCCUGCUAGAAAGAGAGUCUCUCUGGUCUCUCCAAGAUCUAGAAAGAUCCAGACAGACUUACUCAUAGCAUGCUGUGAGAGUCACUGUCACAGCUGACUUCCUUUGUGAAUUCUGAGUGUAAGGGGACACUGCCAGGGCAGCUGGGGAUUCCCAGUUCACAGCAGAAUAUGGCCCACCUUUUAUAAAAAGACAAGUGUGGCUGGAGUUGAGGAGGGAGAAGCUGACCACCCCUAACUGUUUUGCUCACUUCCGGUUUGAUUGCAAAGUGAUGGGACCUGCACACUGUUGUGUGCUUCAGCAGUCAUUAGGAAGGUCACCAUUAGCUGUAACAUGAACAUUUGGGUGUGCCUUGCUCAACAGAGUGCUAACAGUGUAAGCUUCACAACCGUCAGAGAAUCAGGACCUCGUGUCACAAGAGGUUGCUUUUACUACACCAUGUGCUUGAACUGCUAGCAGCAAAUUUCUUUAAUGAGGAUAAUUCCUUUGGUACCAGGCUGGGCUGGCGCGGGAAACCCACUUCACUCCCCCACAACUGUGGCCAGACUCCCCUGGGGCUUGGAUGGAGCUUUAGCCGAAAACUACUUUGGGCAUCUGCCCCUUUAAAGAGUAGCUUCUCUUCUGAAAGGCCAUCCAAGGGAAGCACAUGGCGCCUUGCUUGCAUGGGAAUUCUGCCACGAGCGAGGGCUGGUGGACCCCAAACUGGCUGGCCUAGUUCUCCUCCUCUUCUCCCCCACCCCCAUGAAGUAACUAUUUGUUACUCAACCUAUGACAAGUGCCUCUGUUUGGGAGGAUCCAACUCCCUAAGAAGCCCAUCUGCACCGUAGCGGGAGUUCACCCCUGGCUGCCCUGGCCUUCUGCCUCGUGUUCUCAGAAGGCUGUGAUGCAUGAAUAUUAAGCAGACCCUACUGGACCAUCUCCCUGCCCUCUUUCCCCCCACGCCUCGCUUACUGUGUCUUUUCUCUGGGAGGAAGGAGUAGAGUGGCUAAGGUUGCUCAGAAGUGGAACACUGCUCCUUAGGCUUUCUUUUUCUUCUUUCCUCAGAAGCAGAUAAGCUGACGUGUACAGUAGGCCUCGAGUUAGGUUGUUCCCACAGUGCGGCUGUUGGGGCAGAUCCAUUCAAUGAAAGUCCAAGAGAGAGAGCACUCAAUUCCAACUCUGCCAUCCCCAGUCUGUUUAGUUCUGGCUUUGGAGUUGUAUUCUGUAGCGGUGCCUCAGUGACAACCCAGGGACCACUUCAGGAGCCCUCGUCUAACAAACUUUGAGUUGGCUACGGGGCCAAGCGAAGCGCUAAAGAUGAGUUGGAAUUUUCAGCCCCGGUCGUGCAAAAAUAGAUUUUUAUUCUUAGAGUUAGCAGCCUUGCUUCGAAAAACAGUUGGGAUUGAUUGCUGAACAAUCACACGCCCUCCUCCACUGUCCCAGGCACCAGAAACAGCCGACCCCCUUGGGCAGCCAUUGGCUUCAGCCUGCUCAAAAGGAGGACAUGGAUGUAGGGUUUCAUGGGUUUAUAACGGCUGAUCUUCUCAGAAGUGCAGCCCAUUGGUAGCCCGGGACUGCAAGUUGGCUUUCAAAGCAGAAACCUGCUUGGUGUCCCAUCUCCAGGUUUCUGCCACCCAUGGAAAGGCGUCUUUGGCAUCACUCGCCAUACAGAGUCCAGUGCAACAGCUGAGUAAGAAUGUGUGUCUUUGGGGGCAGUGUUGGUUAGGGGGUGUGUGUGUGUUGGAUUUUUUUUUUUAUUUUUUUUUUAAGGCAGUGAAGGGCCUCUGCCAAAAGAGAAACCUUGGUUUGGUUCUUGCCAAGUAUUUCUUUACAUCUUUCCCCAAAACCAAAUUACUUCCUGAUUUGUAUGUACUUCCCACCCACCCCCAAGUCCAGUCCCCUUCUAUGCUGACAGGUUUAUGCUGGAUAUAUAUGUGAAAUAAAAGCCUGGUCUUCUAGUGCCA